CUAGUUCAGUUGUAUGAAGAACUGUAUUAAGUUCACUUAUGAUGAAAUCAUUCCUGUCAAGAAUGGUUUCAUCAGCUGAUCGGAAUUAAGAGCAAAAUUUAGAUUUGAAUUAAAGUAUGGCACAAAGUGGAAAUAAAAUGGAAAAAAGGAAACCAAUAAAAAAAAAGAUAUUGACCAAUGUAGAGUAUUCUCAAAUCUGUCAGUUCAUAAAUGAAUUCUGCGGUGGUGGGCUGCCGAUGGACUGCGAGCUAAAAAUGGUAACUCGCAUUUUCAAUGACAUUGAACCAUUAGCCCUGGUUUGCAUACUACAAUCGCAAAUAUUUAAUAAGGCGCGCGGUCAGCACUGGCGGCACGAGAAUCGCGCCAAAUUACUGUUGAAAAUAUACGAUGAUGAAUGCCACUUGUAUAAUGAUAGUGAUCUUCUUAUACGCAUGGCCUGUGCGGAAUCUAUAAAUCCCAUAGCGAUGUGUCGGCUUCUAUUGCAAGAGAAAUAUGAUAUGAGGCAAAGACCUGCUGUUUCCCAAUUGAUAAAGCAUCCCCACUUGAUUAAUGACGCACGUCUAGCCGCUAACGUACAGCAAUGUUUAUACAGUGACAAUCAGGAGGGACCUAUUACAGAUCUUCGACGACGAAUGAUUGGUGAAGAGUACGAGUUAAAACUUAAACAAUUGGCUAAUGCAGCUGGCAUUUUUUUCUAUGACGAGCGAGAUUUGCGUCGUAUGGGAUAUGACAAGACACCCGAUAUCAAGGUUAUAUUGCCGUUCCUGUACAAAGGUCUUAUAGUUAACUGGAUAGAGAGUAAGGCUAACUUCGGAGAUACCAAAAGCCAUAAAUGGAACAUACAGCAGCAAUUAUUGAGCUAUUGCAAUCGAUUUGGACCCGGUAUUAUCAUCUAUUGGUUUGGAUAUCAUGAAGAAACGCCGCUAUUACCGGAUAAUAACAUUGGUAUAACCAUUUUAGCAGAUUUUCCCGAUCGCAAACAUUUAGAUUUAAUGCAGAUGCCGCGAUUACCGGCUGUGUGAGCCUAUUUAUGUUUUAUUUAAUUUCCUGACAUGGUCAUUUAAAACCUUUUUCGUUUUGUUUGAUACCAAUAUUUUUUGUUUUAAAAUCGUACACAAAUUUUAUUUUUCAUAUGGUUUUUAAAGCUAUAAAAUAUACUAAAUGCCCUAAGUCCCCGAAUGUAUUUCAUAAUUAUUAUGACAGAAAUUGAAACUUUUAUUAUGCAAGCCAAUCAAAUGUAUGCGUUUUAAAGAUAA